AUGAUCUAUGAUGUGACCACCAUGGUGAUGUUUGGCGGCCAGGAGUUGGAGGCGAUGCUUCGUCCCUGGCUAGGCAAGGAGGUCCGGGAUGCCAAGCUCGCUGACCUGCUGCGCUCUCGACACAAGAGCUUCAUCAUCGGCCAACUUGUUCAAGAAGCAUCAGGUGAGUCCAUGAGUCACCGGUCGGCCCGGAGAUCAGGCAAGAUGAAGUACAAGUUUACUGACCGCCGCAUGUACUCUAGCUCAAAAUAA